GCGGGGCUGCUCGGCGCCGCCUCGGGCCGCGGAGCCCGGCGACCAUGCUGUCCCGGAAGAAAACCAAGAACGAAGUGUCCAAGCCGGCCGAGGUGCAGGGCAAGUACGUGAAGAAGGAGACGUCGCCCCUGCUGCGCAAUCUCAUGCCUUCAUUCAUUCGGCAUGGUCCAACAAUUCCAAGACGAACUGAUAUCUGUCUUCCAGAGUCAAGCUCUAGUGUUUUUUCAGCUUCUGGAGAUGGAGUUGUUUCAAGAAACCAGAGUUUCUUAAGAACUCCAAUUCAGAGAACACCUCAUGAAGUAAUGAGAAGAGAAAGCAAUCGACUAUCUGCACCUUCUUACCUGGCCAGAAGUCUAGCUGAUGUUCCUCGGGAGUAUGGCUCUUCGCAGUCGUUUUUAACAGAAGUCAAUUUUGCUGUUGAAAAUGGAGACUCUGGUUCCCGAUACUUUUAUUCAGAUAGCUUUUUUGAUGGACAGAGAAGGCGGCCACUUGGAGAUCGUGCACAUGAAGAUUACAGAUAUUAUGAAUACAACCAUGAUCUCUUCCAAAGAAUGCCACAGAGUCAGGGGAGGCAUGCUUCAGGUAUUGGGAGAGUUGCUGCUACAUCUUUAGGAAACUUAACUAAUCAUGGGUCUGAAGAUUUACCCCUUCCCCCUGGCUGGUCUGUGGACUGGACUAUGAGAGGGAGAAAAUACUACAUAGACCAUAACACAAACACAACUCAUUGGAGCCAUCCUCUUGAACGAGAAGGACUUCCUCCUGGAUGGGAACGAGUAGAGUCAUCAGAAUUUGGAACCUAUUACGUAGAUCACACAAAUAAAAAGGCUCAGUACAGGCAUCCCUGUGCUCCUAGUGUACCUCGGUAUGAUCAACCGCCACCCAUCACAUACCAGCCACAGCAAACUGAAAGAAAUCAGUCCCUUCUGGUCCCUGCAAAUCCUUACCAUACAGCAGAAAUUCCUGACUGGCUUCAGGUUUAUGCCCGAGCCCCUGUGAAGUAUGACCACAUUCUGAAAUGGGAACUCUUCCAACUGGCUGACCUAGACACAUACCAGGGGAUGCUGAAGUUGCUCUUCAUGAAAGAAUUGGAACAGAUUGUUAAAAUGUAUGAGGCCUAUAGACAGGCACUGCUCACUGAGUUGGAAAACCGCAAGCAGAGACAGCAGUGGUAUGCCCAGCAACAUGGCAAGAAUUUUUUAAGUUAACUUCAUAAAAAUAAAAUUCAAGUUUUAUAAAACCUUUUAAAUAUUUUCACAGGCAAAAUGACUGCAAACAAGUACUUUGGUUAAUAAAGGCAGCUGACUUUUUGAAAAUUAUAAAAUUCUAAUUUUACAUGUAUUUUGUUAUUAGAAAUUUUCUUUCAUUGAACAACAAAUAUGGUUUACCACUUUAAGAGCCAACAUAACAUACAUUUAAAUGCUGUAUAGUAGGAAACUGCUUGAAUAUUCUUUUUCUUUCUUUUUUUCCCCCAAGGUUUGGUCUCACCUUCACCUAGGCUAAUCUGGAAUUCACUGUGUAGUCUCAGGCUGGUCUCAAACUCAAGGAGCUCUUCCUACCUCUGCCUCUGAGUGCUGGGAUUAAAGGCAUGCACCAUCAUGCCUGGUAAAUACUCUUGAUGAAAAAGAAUGCAGAAUAAGACAUCAUUAUAACCAGAGGUUAUAUAGGGAAUGAUCACUUGGUAAGUUCCUAUAGAAGCAGUACCUUUCUUUAAAAAAAAGAGAGAACGAGGACUGGUGUCAUAUUUUUAAACAGUUGUGUACUGCUCUGGUGUGGAUAUUGUCUGGCAUGACAUGGACAUAGUUCAAAGUACAGAAUAGGAGUUGAAUCCAUUAUUGUGAUAAGUUUCUAUAUGAUGUUUGUGGUCAUCUAUUCUCCUGCCACCCUUUGAAGCAUGUUCAGAAAGUGUUCCAGGAAUAAAUUUAAACAUAAAGCCUAACUAAGCCUGUAUGGGAAGGUAUGUACAUACUCAAAGUUGCUGACAUCACUUCCUGUUUUCAGCUAAGCCUCUUAAUUACAUGAGUAUGGCUCUGAUGAGACACUGCAAGAUUCCCUACAACAUAGCACACUGCCUUCUGACGGGCUGGGUUAAGUUGCCAAAAAUGACAAUCAGGGAUUUAGUAAGAAGUUUUGGUCAUUUAAAUAAAUUUUAUAUUGCUUUUUUAUCAUAGAUGAGUGUUAACUUUAAAGUCAUAUAACCCCCCCCCCAUUUUUCCACUUUUGGCUUAAUAGUCAUUUAUAAUUAGCAUACAAAAUUUGAUUACAAACAAAUUGAUGAUACAUCCAGGCUGUAAAUCUCUAGAAUUCUGUGAAUUUCAUAACUUGGUUAUACUUACAUGUGUUAUAAAUAUGUAAAUAUAUUUUUAUUGUCUUCUAAAAUACAGGCAGUCCCAGUUAGAGAAAAGUGAAUUUGAAUUAUUGAUAAAAUGUUGUGUCUGAUUUUAUAUAACAAGCUUAUUAAAUAUAUUUUUGUGGAAACUAAGGGUGUGGCGUUUGAAUCCAUGUCAUUGUUCUGUUCAGAAGGUUUAUAAGCCAAGGAAGCAUCAAAAGGGGUAUUGAAAAUUAAAGUAUGUCUGGUGGAAUUUUACUAAUGGAAAAUGAUAAUUUACUGAGCUUAUGAGCAACUUUUCUAAGUUGUAAGCUGAUAUAUGUAAUAAACUUAGAUACUCUUCCAUCUUAAUUAAAAUGCAUCUUGAAUUAAAAA